CACAUCCUUGUGACUCCGGAGCCCUGGCGGCCACAGCUCCCAUCACACUUGGCUGCCCCGGUCAUCCCGUCUCCAGCAUCCCCUUUGACCUUCACUUCUGCAAGUUGAACAAGGAGCAGGAAAGAGAAGAAAUAAAGGGAGAUUUUUCAGCGGAGGCUUCCGAGCCUCUCUAGAAAUUUGCAUACAACUUCCCCUUCCUGCCGCGGAGCCUGCUCGGCCGCGUACCUGGCCGGGAGGGAGCGGGAGGCGGGAGCCGCCCAGGUGGAGCCCGGGAAGGAGGGAGCCGACCACCGCGGCCCUCGUCGUCCGUCUGUCCCCGGGGGCGCCAAGAAACUAGAAUGAACCGAAGCGUCCCCGUGGAGGUCGAUGAAUCCGAACCAUACCCCAGCCAGUCACUGAAGCCGAUCCCCGGCGAUUCCCUGGAGGAGGAGUCGGAGCCACCUGCUCCAGACCGAGGGGACAUGGCCCCCCACGGCUCGUCUGCGCCCCCGGCCCCUCAUUGCUCUGCAGGAGACUUUUCUCAGGCCCACCCACCCCUGAAACUUUCGAAGCACCUCCGGCCUGUGUCCCAGCAGGUCACCUGCCUGCGCACUAAAAUCCUGGAGGAGACGGAAGACAGCUUCUGGAGGAGACACCCGGCCCCGGGCAAAGACCGGCCCUUUGGGGUCGGAGCGUCCCCUCCCGGGCAGCAGUUUUCAUUUAUGGAAGAACGGAAUCGAUGGCCAGGAUCUCAGCUUUCAGCGGCCUCCCCUGACACUGGCCAUGACUCCGACCACUCAGACCACAGUUGCCCCAGCGCCUCGGCCGGCGCCUGGCCCAGCAGCCACGACACGGUGCAGCGGCCCCGGCCCCGCAGGAGCCCAGCGGCCCGGGACCCGCCCACGGUAGACACGGGCUACGACUCCCAGCCCCAGGACGUGCUGGGCAUCCGGCAGCUGGAGAGGCCCCUGCCCCUCACCUCCGUGUGUUACCCCCAGGACCUCCCCGGGCCGCUCAGGUCCCGGGAGUUCCCUCAGUUCGAACCUCAGAGGUACCCGGCGUGUGCGCAGCUGCUGCCUCCCAACCCUCCCCCGCAUGCUCCGUGGAACUGUCACCACCACUGUCCCGGAGGUCCCUAUCACCAGGUGCCAUGUGGCCCCGACCACCCUCGAGCGGCCUACCAGCAAGUGGUCCAGCCGGCUGUGCGUGGGCAGCCCCUCCCCGGAGCCAGCGUCAGGGGCCCGCACCCCGUGCAGAAGGUCCUCCUCAACUACCCCAGCCCCUGGGACCAGGACCAGAGGCCCACGCAGAGAGACCACUCCUCCCCGGGGCUCCCGAGGGACCAACUGUAUAACCAGCCACCAAAUCGAGCCGGAGUUCCUGAGGAGUCCUUGGAGUGUCCUGCCGAGUUGAGACCACAAGGUCCCCAGGCUCCACCCCCAGCUGCUGUCCCUAGACCCCCUAGUAACCUUCCAGCCAGAGGAACUCUGAAAACCAGCAACUUGCCAGAAGAAUUACGGAAAGUCUUUAUCACUUAUUCUAUGGACACAGCCAUGGAGGUGGUGAAGUUUGUGAACUUUUUGCUGGUCAAUGGCUUCCAAACUGCAAUUGACAUAUUUGAGGAUAGAAUCCGAGGCAUUGAUAUCAUUAAGUGGAUGGAACGCUACCUUAGAGAUAAGACAGUGAUGAUAAUUGUAGCAAUCAGCCCCAAAUACAAACAGGAUGUGGAAGGUGCCGAGUCGCAGCUGGACGAGGACGAGCACGGCCUACAUACUAAGUACAUCCAUCGGCUGGAGCACGUGCCCACCUGGCUGCAGAACACUCACGUCUACAGCUGGCCCAAGAACAAGAAGAACAUCCUGCUGCGGCUGCUCCGAGAGGAGGAGUACAUAGCCCCUCCCCGGGGGCCCCUGCCCACCCUCCAGGUGGUGCCCCUGUGACGCCCGCGGCCCUCACCCCAGGCCCGGGGCCAUGCCGCUCCCACGAGACCCUUCAGGCCCAGGCUGUGCGGCCCCAGGGGACUGUCCUCCUCUGCGAUUUCUGACCCCCCUACCCGCCCCCCCCCCCCCCCCCAGUCCGUUGCUCCUGACCGGCUGCGGCGUCCGCUCUGGGCCUCGCCCUGCUUGGCUCGUAGGCGACAUGACUGACGCCGCAGUAGAUGGAAGGAGCACAAACACCCUCCGUUGCUUAGAGCUACUUCUGUGACUCAGCCAGAUGCCCGGGUGCCCUCAGACCAAGCCUGAUUCCUGUGCCAAUAAUAAAAUAUUGAGUCUUUUGUAA